AUGGUUGCAAACUCGCGAUCCAGAUCUGGUAUGCUGUCCGUCAUGCAUGGUUGUGGCAAGUGGGGAGAGGGGUGGGGAAAAUAUGCAGAGACAAGAGAGGGGCCGGCAAAGGAGUGGGAGGAGGAGGAGGAGGAGGAGGAGGAGGAGGAGGAGGAGGAGGAGGAGGAGGAGGAGGAGGAGGAGGAGGAGGAGGAGGAGGAGGAGGAGGAGGAGGAGGAGGCGGAGGAGGUAAGAGACAUGAGGUAG